AUGCACAAUUGUCGGCCCCGAGCAAAGCAGAGCCAAUCGGAUGUGGCUGAGAAGAAGGCAAAGGCGGAGCCGAAGCCAAAGGCGGAGGCGGAGGAGAAGAAACGAAAGGCGGAGGAGCCGCCGGCGGAUGAGCCCCCGAAGAAGGAGGCCAAGGACGAGUUCGAGGAGGAGGAGGAUGAUACCACCGACCCCAAGAAGGCAACCAUCAAGGCGGAUGUUGACUUUCUGACACCAGAUUUGACACUGGACGCGCUGCCCUGCAUGGGGAACAAGGUUCUGAUGUCCAUCAAUGAAGGUGGGCUGCAGUAUAUGAUCUCAGGCGCCCGUGCGAACGUUGGGUUGAAGGCUGGACGCUACAUGUUCGAGUUCAAGAUCGUGGAGACCUACCACACAACUGAGACUUAUAACAGCAGGCUGAAGGGGAUGAGGCAGCUGGUGCGCGUUGGCUUCUCUACAGCAGGCUCCCCGUUGAUCCUCGGCGAGUCUGAUACGGCUGUGUUCUUCGACAACGAGGGCAACUUCUGCACUGGGAAGAGUCGCGCUCCCCGAGUCGUUCAGAAGUUUGCGCGCGAUCAGGGCAUGUCCGUGGUUCUGAACCUGGAUCCGAAAAGUCCUCACGCGAACACAAUUAGCCUCUUCACAAACGGCGUCCGUGCCUGCAAGCCGCAGAAGCUGCCGGAGCGCCUGCAUCUUGAGCGGAAGCUGUGGCACACUCCUGUCACAGCUGCGAGAGAACAGCUUCUCAAUGCAAGUUCUGCCAUGGAUCGAGCCAGGACAUGGAAAAGCUUGCGUAGAGAAGGGAUGAAGAUUAGUGUUGCAUGCAGAUCGUGA